AGACAGACAUUGGACUCAUCUCUGGCAUCAUGUACGCUUAUUCUUCUCAAUUCCUUAUCCAUAUAUAGGUCUUCUUUGAUUUGUUUUUCUCUUUAUAUUGGUACGAGACGAUAUUGGACUCAUUGGACUCAUUCGGUUUCAUCAUAGACUCAUCUCCAGCAUGUAUCGUUAUUCCUCCCAUUUCCUUCUCUACAUAGAGGUCUUCUUGAUUUAUUUACUGGUACGGACUCAUAGUUUCAUUAUGAACUCCUCGCGACGUAUCUUUAUUUCAUUGAUCUUGUUGUUUUACUUUCGUGCAUGUACGACGACCAUUAGCGUUUGAAUAUAAUUUUCUU